AGAUUAGAUAUUCUAUCGUCGCGUGGGAUUGUCGCCUGCUAAGAUUACAAUGUUGAUUCGUGAACAGCCACUACUUUCCAUGAUUUUGUAAAAUACUAUACAUUCGGAGAACGUACAACAUAAAGCGGUCAUUAAUUCCUGUUUGAAGGGUGGGAGAGAUUUUAUGCAAUAAAUUGAGACUUAUUCCCAUGUCUCAAAGCUCUCCAUCGAAUUAACCUAUAGCCACAGCCCACUGAGUUUCUCGCCGGAUCUUCUCAGUGGUCUACUAGUUAAGGUUACGCUGAAAUAGUCUCUCCGGGAUAUCAGCUUAGGUAGGAUUUUUUUUGUCUCAAAGUGGUUGUCGGCACUACUUUCUUUUCGAUUUCUGACGCAAAGUAGUCACGUGCUUUGUAAGAGGACGUACAAAAAUACCAAUGUAAGAAUAACCUUCCAUGUAAUGCCAUCUUUGCAAAGUUUCAAAGUAAUCGGAUUAAAAAUCCGCGGACUCACUCAUAGAUUACGAACGAGCACUUGGAUAUAGCGCGCACAGGUACAAAACCGGCUUAGCUCUGCCCCUGGCAUUGCUGAUGUCCAUGAGCGACAGUGAUCACUUACCAUCAGGUGGGCCGCAUGCUCGUCUGCCUACAAAGGCAAUAAAAAAAAACCGAAAAGUUUUUAUUCAAAUUCGUAGAAUGUUAAAAAAAACAUGGAUAUAUCGACGAAUCAAGAACAGGCAUCCGGCCUAAAUAAAUUUAAAAUAAAAGUUAAAAGAAAAAGGAGCUAAAGAUUAAGGGUUUUAAAAAUAAAGCAUCCUACGUCUUUUUUGUUAGAUAACAAUUGUUUUAUUUUAUGAUUACUGAAUAAGAUCUUAUAGUGCUAAUUUUUUUUCACGUCAAGCUGCACACCUUUCACAAAGCAUAAAAAAUAAAUAUAUUUAAUUAUUGUGUAUUAAUAUAUGAUCUAUGGUUUAUUUUGGCCUCGAAUGACGUCAGAAUUUAAUUUUGUACAGCUUACUAUUAUUGUAAAUGAGAUUCAGUCAAUUCAUUUUCUCUCGCUUGGCUAGUUAAAUAUAGAAUUUGUCUCUUAAGUUGCUUUUCAUAUUGUUCAUUCGUUGCCUAUUUAUAAUAAUAUAUAUAACAGCAUAAUACUCAAAAGUGUCCUGAUUUAUCUUUCAUUAACGAUACGAAGCAUACCGAUGCGAAAUUUUUUACUGAUUCGCACGAAAAACAAUUCUCAAAUAUUAGAAUAUCGAAAUCAGGUGUCAAUUCAAAUCACGAACAAAUGUAAUUAUUCAAUUAAUUAAUAUGAUAAUCUAUAAUUUUGUGUACCUACAGAAUGUUACACAACGAUAAGAAUCUUGAAUUGCUUUACUAUAUAACGAACUGUAAAUCGAAUUUGUAUUCAAUCAUUUUACAGCAGGGUGAGUGAUCAUUGUAAAUAUAUAAAUUCACAUCCAACAUUUAAUUUUUUUAAUUAAUUACCUGAAAUAUCAUCCAAACGUGCGGGCUUGCGUUGCGAUCAAUUUAAUAAAAUUCGUUAAUUCGUUUAAAUAUUUUCUUUGUUAUUUAAACAGCUUGAGGGAGUUCAUAUAGUGUCUUCUUUAUUUCGCCGUAAAGUCGUGUUUUAUGUAAUUAACAUCACAGUUGGCACAAUAUAAAUUUUAUUGUUGUGGCGGCAUAAACAAUUCUAAGUAAUUAUAUUACAUUAUUUAUUAAACACAUUAUAAAUUAUUUUUACAUUUUUAAAUUUUCGGCGGUAAGAAAGGUCCGUGUCACAGACUAUAUUCUGUUUUCCACCUCUCGUGCGUUCCGGCUUACGCAUCAUAAAAAGGUGCGUACUUAAACGCUACAAGCUUAUAGAAAUAUAUCACUGAUACUACAUAUAUUUAGAAAAGUGUUUUAGAUUUUAAUUCGGUCACAAAUAACAAUCUUAAGUAUCGCUUGACACUCAGAAAUCAGUUUGUAAUCAAUCGUCAUUAUCAACGGCAAGCAUUACAGCUAUUUCACGGAGACUCUGUCAAUAAAAAAGUGCGUCAUAUUAUAAAAUUACAUACAGUGGAUUUAAUUGAUAACGACCUCGGUUAUAACGACAUUUUUGUUAUAGUGACGUCAAACUUACGUCCCUUGAAUUUAAAGCAUACUUUCCUAAGAAAUUCAUUCGGUUAUAGCGACUUUGCAUAUAGCGUCAAUUUCGGGUAUAGCGGCUUGUUUUUAUGAACCAUUUAUGACAGAUUCCCAGAAAUCCCGUACGGAUAUUACUAUUGAGUCGGCAAAGGCACAAAGAUUUGCUUAUAAAAUUAUUAAGAUUUCUUAUCCUUUGUUUACAUUCACAGAUGGUCAAACAUAUGCUUUGUUUGUAUAUAGGAACAUACAAACAAAGCAUUUGCUUGACCAUCUGUACUAAGUAGUCCUCUACUCAGCACGGGAAACUAAUGUGUAUAUUGAGUCUGUGUUUCAAACACAAGAAAAGAAGGAUGAAGAAAAGGAAGAAGAUUGCAAUCUAAAUGAAAUUCCAACAACUAGAGAUGCAUUAUGUGCUAUAAUAAUGCUCAAAAAGUACUGUUUAUUUGGUGAAGUUCAAAAUAAUUUAGAUAUAGAAGGAAUUAUGAAAAUGGAAUACACGAUAUAGCGUGCAGAAAAAACUAAACUUAAACAGUGCACUAUAACACGUUUUUUCAAUAACACUCGUGUCUACCAUAAUUAAAUAAAUGAGAAGUAAAUACUUAAGUACAUGACUUUUUAUUAUUUCGGAUAUAGCGACCUCCGGAUAUAGCGACGACAUUAAAGUGCCCCUCCGCCGUCGUUAUAACCGAAAUUCACUGUAUUUCAUCAGUCAUAAAUUAUAAAUUAUUUAUCAAUCCAGUCAUUGACAAAAGAGAGGUGAUUUGAUUUCGAACUUAAUUGUUAACUUUUUUAUUUAUUUCAGCACGGACGUCAUGAAGAUUUUCGUUGUUCUCACCGCAAUUCUGGCUUGUGCCAGUACACAAACUUUUGAUGAACAGACGGAGAUAAACGCACGUCAAGAGCGCUUGGUCACUAACCAGGUUGCUUCCGCCAUCGAAAAUAUCAGAAAGCAAAUAAGAGAAGCCGGAUUCGAUCCACUGGACGUUGAUAGAAGAGAAAUUGUCAUCCCUCCAGAGGAAGACUUCCAUGCACUUGCCGCUUUCGCCGAGGACAUCAAAAGCACUGGAUUAAGCAACAUCGUCAUUAUCACUAACAAUUUUAGCAUCCUUAGCGCCCGUCUCAACUUAGUCCUGAGUCUACCUCGUGUUGAAGCUAGCGUCGGUGCUGCCCGUGUUGAGCUUAAUGUGUUCGAUUACGAAGGCUACGCUAGCGCCAGUGGACGUGCCGCCAUAAACAACCUUCGUGUUAGUGCUGAAGUGCGUAUAAGCAUCAGCGUCGUCUCCGGAAUUUCUAUUAGGAGUCUCAAUAUAGACCUUACCUUAGGAGGAGUUGAGGCGGAUCUAAAUGUUAAUUUGUUUGGACGCGACCUCUCCGACACCAUCACUAACUUCCUCUCACAGACCGUGCCAACCACUAUUGCCAAUAACAGGGUAAGUUAUGGAGUAAGGAUCGAUAACAAAUUAUAUAAGCUCCGUACCAUUAGAGAUUUGGGAGAUUUGAAUUAAGAAUUUAGGAGAUUAAAGACAAAAAGAUGAGGAUUAGGUACCUAUAAAAGCCAAGGGUUUGUUAUUAUUACUCACGAACUUAAUAUCUCAGACUUCUUUAACUCAAACCACUGGUCAAACGACCAAAAUAUCUUUGGCUCGAUAAAACCAUCAUAUAUUUCGCAGCCUUCAAUUACUACUACUGAGAUUUGAAUUGACGGAGAAUUAUGUUUGGAUUUCCAAAUCUAACUUCAUAAAAUUGAACUCCCGGAUAAUGUGGCAUUCCAGGUAGCCUGUUAAAUGAUAUUGAAAUAGAGAAAAAAAAAAUGAUAAUAAAUAAAAAAAAAUGUAGAAAUAUAUUUUCAAACUAAGCUUAUAUUUAGCGAAUGUAAAUAUUUAUUUAUAAAAUUUAAAACUUUUGAUUCGUGUUACCGAAAACAAUAUUUCAAAAGUUUUUUUUUUCAGACCACAAUCAACAGGUUUUUGGAAUAUACCCUGCUUCAAAUAAUCGAAGAUUUUCUUCCCUAAGCAACAACAACAACAACAUUAAACAACUAAGUAAAUUAAUGAAUAAAAUAAAUUGAUUUGA